AGCCUCUCUCAUCUUGAGAAUCUGCGUCAGAAGUCACUCGCAGUCCCGCCAGCCCAGAAAGAAAGAAAGAGAGCGAGCGAGUGAAACAUAAAACAUCGUUGCCUCCUGUGCAUGCCCCAACCUGGACAAACCUGCCACCUAGAAGUAAAGCAGGUUACCAGCAAUUUUGGGAGCUUGCUAAAAGAGCUUGCAAGGAAAAUGAAGCUACCUAUUUUCAUAGCAGAUGCAUUCACAGCAAAAGCAUUUUAUGGGAAUCCUGCUGCUGUUUGUCUCCUAGAAAAUAAAUUGGAUGAAGACAUGCAUCAAAAAAUUGCAAGGGAAAUGAACCUUUCAGAAACUGCUUUUAUCCGAAAACUGCACCCAACUGACAACUUCACACAAAGUUCCCGCUUUGGAUUAAGGUGGUUUACACCGGCGAGUGAGGUCCCUCUCUGUGGCCAUGCUACCCUGGCUUCUGCAGCUGUGCUGUUUUACAAAACAAAAAAUGUGAAUAGCACUCUAACCUUUGUCACACUGAGUGGACAACUAAAGGCCAGAAAAGUGGAGGAUGGUAUUGUCCUGGACCUGCCUCUUUAUGCACCCCACCCCCAGGACUUCCAGGAAGUAAAGGACUUGAUAAAGACUGCCAUAGGUGACACACUGGUCCAGGACAUCUGCUAUUCUCCAGAUACUCGGAAGCUCCUUGUCCGGCUCAGUGACACUUACGACAGGUCAUUUCUGGAGAACCUGAAAGUGAACACACAGAAUCUGCCGCAAGUAGAGAACACAGGGAAGGUGAAAGGACUCAUUCUCACCCUUAAAGGAAAGCCUGAUGGGCAGACCCAGGCAUUUGACUUUUACUCCAGAUAUUUUGCACCAUGGGUUGGUGUGGCAGAAGACCCUGUAACAGGGUCUGCACAUGCUGUUCUCAGCAGCUACUGGUCCCAGCAACUGGGGAAGAAACAUAUGCAUGCCUUUCAGUGUUCCAGCCGAGGAGGAGAACUGGAGAUUUCAUUAUGUCCCAAUGGACGAGUUGACAUUAGGGGAGGCGCAGCUGUGGUGUUGGAGGGCACACUGACAGCCUAGAGGUGGCUGUGCUGAGAUGCUGCUCUCCUGAACGCUGUCUUCAUGGAGAGAAAUGGGAGGGGCUACCUGCAGCAAACUUGCAUAGUACAGUAGUCUACUUGAUCCUCACAUUAGAAACAGAAAAAUGAAAACAUCUCAAUGGAGAGUUAAUAAUGAGUCCUGACUAAUCAACUGUGGAGUUUGGCUCUACCUGUUGAGUGUAUUUGAAAUGUAUGUAACCAGUAACAAAGAAUAAUGUUGUUGUCUUUGUCUACUGAUCACAGAAUGAGGAACAAAAUCAUGAGGAAUAAAAUCAAACCAUUUAAGCUUAGGUUAAUGUGAUAGAAUAUUUUG